AUGAUAAGAAUGAUAAUGAAAAACCAAACUAUCAUCUCUUCUUUCAUCCUCCGGGGCCUGCCCAUAUCCCCAGAGCAUCAACACCUGUUCUAUGCCCUGUUCCUGGCCAUGUACCUAACAACUGUCAUGGGGAACCUCAUCAUCAUCAUCCUCAUUCUACUGGACUCCCAUCUCCACACACCCAUGUACUUCUUUCUCAGUAAUUUGUCUUUCUCUGACCUCUGCUUUUCCUCUGUCACAAUGCCAAAGAUGCUGGAGAAUAUGCAGAGCCAAGUUCCAUCCAUCUCCUAUGUGAAUUGUCUGACACAAAUGUACUUUUUCAUGUUUUUUGCAAACAUGGAAAACUUCCUCCUUGUGGUCAUGGCCUAUGAUCGCUAUGUGGCCAUCUGUUUCCCCCUUCAUUACACCAGCAUCAUGAGCCCCAAGCUGUGUGUGUGUCUGGUAGUGAUGUCCUGUGUAUUUAACAUGCUGCAUUCCAUGUUGCACACAUUACUCCUGGCUAGAUUGUCAUUCUGUAAGGACACCAUGAUCCCCCACUUUUUCUGUGACAUAUCUGCCCUGCUCAAGUUGGCCUGCUCUGAAAUUUUUAUUAAUGAACUAAUGAUACUUGUUUUGGCAGGGCCCUUUAUUGUCAUCCCAUUCUUACUGAUAAUUGUGUCCUAUGUACAAAUUGUCUGCUCCAUCCUAAAGGUUUCAUCUGCUCGGGUUAUCCACAAGGUCUUCUCCACCUGUGGCUCCCACCUGUCUGUGGUCUCACUGUUCUAUGGGACAGUCAUUGGUGUCUACUUAUGUCCAUCAGCUAACAACUCUACUGUGAAAGAGACUGUCAUGGCCAUGAUGUACACAGUGGUGACUCCCAUGUUGAACCCCUUCAUCUACAGCCUGAGGAACAGAGAUAUGAAAAAGGCCCUAAUAAGUGUCCUUUACAGGAAGAAAAUCUCUUCAUAA